GGAUUACUCUGUAGGAAGAACCUCUGUGACCCAGCAACAGUUUCGAAAAGUCUGCAAACAGUGCGGAUUAUCUUAAUUGAAUUAAUUCUCAAUACACAGAUCUGUGGCCGUUCACGCCGCGAGCUGCAGCUGAUCCCAGAGCAGCCCCGCUCUGCCCUGACGUCAGCAGCGGAUAAAACCAGCCCUGCUUUCAGCUGGUCCCAUUAAAACUACCAGUCCGCAUUCCCGAGACAGCCGGAGUCGCGCAUGCAGGGAAGAAAAGUAGCCUCCAGAGUCAUGACGCACUAUUAGGAAACUUUUUUCCACGUAGAACGGAAAUUUUAUUUUACUGAGCGGUCUUCACGUUCCCGUCUACUCCUUUUUGCGUUUCCGAGCUGCCCAGAUUGGUGUGAUGCCCGCGGGGAUGUUCAGCAUAGACAGCAUCCUGUCCGGCCGACCGAGCUGCAAGGAGCCGCUGCUGCUGCACCGCAGCGGCCCGGUGGUGCUGUCCGCCGGCCUCACAGACUCUAUCUACAGCGACUACAACGGACUGUACCCGGGCACAUGCGGGCCCUCUCCCCCUGGAGUUCAAUCUAUGAAUGGGACCAGGAUAGGAUAUAAGCCGUGCUGCGGCUCCGUGCCCGGCCUCAGCCCGCAGCAGUGCCCCUGCAUCCCGGCAGGCUACGACAGCCCGGGUUCGGUGCUGAUCUCUCCGGUCCCCCACCAGAUGAUGUCCUACAUGAACGUGGGCAGCCUGUCGCGGACCGAGCUGCAGCUUCUCAACCAGCUGCACUGCCGCAGAAAACGGAGGCACCGCACCAUCUUCACCGACGAGCAGCUGGAGGCGCUGGAGGGCCUCUUCCAAGAGACCAAGUACCCGGACGUCGGCACCCGGGAGCAGCUGGCCCGCAAGGUCCACCUCCGAGAGGAGAAAGUUGAGGUUUGGUUCAAAAACAGACGCGCGAAGUGGAGGAGGCAGAAAAGGUCUUCAUCAGAGGAAUCAGAGAACUCUCAGAAAUGGAACAAAUCGACCAAACCUCCCGCGGAGAAAACCGAGGGGAGUAAAAGCGAGGUGGACUCGGACAGCUGAUAGUACAGGCGACCCGCCAUGGCCACGUGCGUGUAGCCUUCAUAUAGUGGAAAGUGACGUGGACUCGACUACAUGCUGGUGCUGUGAUGAGAAGUGUUGCACAGUUGUACAUAUCUACAUUUUAUGAUUGAUCCUAUUUAUAUUUAAUUUAAUUUUUGGUUUUUGGUCAUGUUACGCACGCCGGGGACGUGACGACCGGUGGACUGACUGACAUAUCCGAAUCUAUCUUAAUGUUAUAUGUGUCAUUUUAUGGAUAUUAAAUAUUGUAACUCAGAUAUUUGUUUUUCCGCUGUGACACUAAUCGUCGCUCAGAACAGCCAGAGGCCGAGCGCAGCGUCGUCACAGAUGAAUGUGCAUUUUGUGUCAUUUUAGUUUCAAAUAAGAAGACCAUAAAAAGACGACUAUACCUUAAAAUAUAA